CGCCAGGCUGACUGCCAAGGAUACCGGGAGCUGCAUUUAACGACGACGACAACCACGUCAACGGCCGAAAUUGUUGCGCCUUUGCUGGAUUCGAGGGCCAUCCUCUGAGCACAGGCACGAUGUCGCAAUCACUCCGCCCCUACCUUCAAGCUGUCCGGAGCAGCUUGACAGCCGCCCUCUGUCUCUCCAACUUCGCAUCGCAAACAUCCGAACGACACAACGUCCCCGAGAUCGAGGCCCAGACAUCCCCCGAGGUGCUGCUGACGCCGCUGACGAUUGCCCGCAACGAGAAUGAGCGUGUCCUCAUCGAGCCCAGCAUCAACAGCAUACGAAUCAGCAUCAAGAUCAAGCAGGCCGAUGAGAUCGAGCAUAUCUUGGUCCACAAGUUCACUCGCUUCUUGACACAGCGCGCCGAGUCCUUCUUCAUUCUCCGCCGAAAGCCCAUCAAGGGAUACGACAUCUCGUUCCUGAUUACGAACUUCCAUACCGAAGAGAUGCUAAAGCACAAGCUGGUUGACUUUAUCAUCCAGUUUAUGGAGGAGGUGGACAAGGAGAUUUCCGAGAUGAAGCUCUUCCUGAAUGCGCGGGCGCGUUUUGUGGCUGAAUCUUUCCUGACACCGUUCGAUUAAGGGGAUAGGCGUUUUAGAGCAACGAGAGCAACGAGGACACGACACAUCCACUCAAUUGCCGGAAAGGGGUGCUGAACGAAGCCCAGUGACCACCCCAGGCCUCAAGCACCCCGCCCGAUGUUCCGGUGAAGUCAUCCGAGGCUGGCCAAAAGGGCUCCAGGAAAUUCGGAUUUGACACUCAUGGGCUAGAGUUGGAAAAGCAUCGCCGUCAUCUCGCACAGCCUCAAU